ACUUCAGUUUUCAGUUCUGCUGAAGCUGUCGAGUAACGAUGUGUUUAUACGAGUGUCUGCAAUUUAUAAUUUUAAUCUAACGUCAAUUUGCGUAGCAAUUUUGAUAAUUAAGCAGAUCUGUUCUUUGUUUAUUAAUUAAGCGAUAUCAAGAUGUUUUCGCAGAGCUCGCAAAAGAAAUUUUGGAUGUUCAGCGAUGAAAAUGAUUUGACCAUUAUGAGGGAGAAAACCAAUGCUGAAUUUAUUGCGAAACAUGGAAGUAACAUGACUCCAGAACAAAGGGAAGAACAUUUUCUGUCGAACACAGAAGAGCGUACAUUACUCCGUUUCUACGAAUUACAAUUAAGAGAUUUCUGUCGUCGAUUUAAUCCACCAAUGCCUCGUGCUACAGUAGCCACUGCCUUACAUUAUUUUAAAAGGUUUUACAUUAUGAACAGUGUGAUGGAUUAUCAUCCAAAAGAAAUCCUGGUCACUUGCGUUUACCUGGCAUGCAAGGUUGAAGAAUUUAAUGUCUCUAUAUCCCAAUUUGUUGCAAAUAUUAAAGGAGAUAGGGAAAAAGCAUCUGAUAUAAUAAUUAAUAAUGAAUUGCUUCUCAUGCAACAUUUGAAUUAUAAUCUUACAGUCCACAAUCCUUUUAGGCCUGUUGAAGGAUUUAUGAUUGAUAUAAAGACAAGGUACACAUCCUUAGAAAAUCCUGAAAAAUUAAGGCCACAUAUAGAUGAAUUCCUAGAGAGAGUUUUCCUCACAGACAGUGUUCUUCUUUAUGCUCCAAGUCAAGUUGCAUUAGCUGCAACUUUGCACGCAGCAUCCAGAGCAUCUGCAAAUCUGGAUAAUUAUGUUACUGAUAUACUGUUUUCAAGAGAGCAAUUAGGAGGAAUUAUUGAGGCCGUGCGAAAAAUACGUUCAAUGGCUAAAUGUGUUGAACCACCGUCGCGAGAAGUAGUGAAAGCUUUGGAGAAAAAACUGGAUAAAUGCAGAAACCAGGAAAAUAAUCCUGAUAGUGAAAUAUACAAGCAGAGAAUGCAGGAAAUGCUAGAUGAAGAGGAUUUACUGGACAAUGAAAAAUAUGCAAAAAUUAUUCAGGAUCAGGCGGCCUAUGACGACAAAAUACUAGGAGUUAACAAAAUAUUAUCUCCCUCUGUUUUAUAAUAUCUGUACAUUUUAUAUAAUAAUUAAUAAU